ACAAGUCUAUUAUUUGACUCUAUCAAUCCUCAAGACUUACGUGCCAUAUUCAAACACGCGGAGUCUCACUCCAGUCUUCACCCCAUUAUAGAAUAAGAAGAAGAAGAAGAAUAAGAAGCAGCAGCAGCAGCAGAAGAAGAAGAACAACAACAACAAUAUCUAGUCCAUGGAGGCCGAAGCUUUACCGUUUGAGAGCAGUGAGCAGGUGGCGAGUCUGCUGGCGUCGACCCCCUUGCUAACAGAGUCAUGGAGGCUGUGCAGCGUCGCCAACGCCGCAGCUCCAUUGGGUUUCGUAUCGGAGAGAAUCGGAGAUGUUGGCUACUUGGCCUUCUCGGCCUGCAGUAUCCAUACGAUGAUCACCGCGACGGAAGCCGAAUACUACUCCACUUGCAGAAACUUGGUGCCAUUGGAUAGCACCGGCGACGGCGAGGGUGACCGGCCUUUUGCGGUUUUGACUAAAAGUGGUGGUGGCAUGAAUAUUAGAGAAGAAGAAGAGGGUGCAGUGAUGGUUCAUGCAGGCCUGCUCAAGCUUUUCUUGUCUCUUCGUAGCUCCCAAGCAUUCCAGGACCAGAUGUUGGCGCUGAUAAACGGAAGCAAGUCCAUUGUGAUCACAGGCCAUUCUAUAGGAGGAACAACUGCGUCACUCUGCGCUCUUUGGCUCCUUUGUUACCUGCAAUCCGUCUCAUCUACACUUCCAGUGCUCUGCAUCACCUUCGGUUCCCCAUUACUCGGGAACGAAUCGCUUUCCCGAGCAAUCCUUAGGGAAAGAUGGGGUGGCAAUUUUUGCCAUGUGGUGUCCAAGUACGACAUCAUGCCAAGACUCCUCUUUGCUCCCCUAGAGUCCUGCACUCGCCAACUGCAUUUCUUGCUGCAGUACUGGCAGAUGUCUAUGUUGGCUUCUUCUCCAAGUAACUUUGGACAGCUUCUGAUACUUCAGCUUGGUGAGGAAGAGAAAGCUGAACUCUUCAGGUUCGUUUCACAUUAUAAUUUGCUAGUGUCUUCAAUAGCAGAAGCUGAAGCAAGAGAAGAGAGAGCAAAUAGUUUGUAUUGGCCAUUUGGGAACUACCUGUUUUGCUCACAGGAGGGAGCUAUUUGUCUUGACAAUGCAGCAUCGGUGAUCAAGAUUAUGCAUGUGAUGUUUGCUACCGGUAAUCCCAGUUGCUGCAUUGAUGAUCAUCUAAAGUAUGGACAGUAUGUUAUGAAGAUUUCUUCACAGUUGUUGAAGAAGAAAAGCUUCUUGCAAGGGGAAGGGAUUCCCGAGUCAAGCUAUGAAGCAGGGGUUGCAAUGGCACUGCAGUCAUUAGGAAUAAGUAAACAGGAUCCAGCUGCCGGACCGGCGGAAGAUUGCCUCAAGACAGCUAGGGAAAUGAGGCAUACGCGUACACCAAGCCUGAACUGUGCAAACUUAGCAAUCAAAUUAUCCAAGGUUACACCUUACAGAGCUCAAAUAGAGUGGUAUAAGGCAUCCUGUGAUAGGUCUGAUGACCAACUUGGUUACUACGACUCCUUCAAGCUGCGAGGAUCAUCCAAAAGAGACCACAAAAUCAACAUGAACCGGCUCUUGCUGGCUGCAUUUUGGGAUGAUGUUAUCCACAUGCUGGGGAACAAUGAGCUCCCUCGUGAUUUUCACAAGCUAGGAAAAUGGGUAAACGCUUCACAGUUUUACAAGCUGCUAGUCGAGCCACUCGACAUUGCAGAGUAUUAUAGAUCUGGUAUGCAUUGGAUCAAGGGUCAUUACUUGAAGCAUGGAAGAGAGAGGAGAUUUGAGAUUUUUGACAGGUGGUGGAGAGAGAGGAAGGUUGGUCCAGCAGAAAACACUAGUAUGAGAAGCAAAUUUGCAGGUUUGACUCAGGACUCUUGCUUCUGGGCGAGGGUGGAGGAAGCUAGAGAGUGGCUUGCUAAUGUUAGAAGUGAAAGUGAUGUCAGGAAGCUGCAUUUUCUGUGGGAAAGUAUCAACAACUUUGAAAUUUAUGCAAAGAGACUAGUCGACUGUAGGGAGGUCGCUAAAGAUGUUCUAGCAAAGAAUUCCAGCUAUUCUUUGUGGGUAGAAGACUUGAGGGAAUUGAAAUCUCAGAUGCAGCAGGUUCUCCCACUUCAAGAUUAGGAUGGAUAGUGGUUUCAACAACCCUGCUGGUCUCUGGUGUUCAGCUUUUACUUGUUGACACAUGAAACACUUUGAGACAUAAUCUGCAACUUCCCUUUUCAUGUCGUCCCACCAGUAUUGUCUUCAAAGGUCUAUAUAUAACUUGGUAUUCCCAGGAUGAAUAGUAUAGCGGGAUUUAUGUGCCUCAUCAAUGAUCUCCCUUUUAAGUUCAAUCACAUUAGGAACACACAAUCUGCCAUGA